CGAAAUCAGCUGACUAUUUAUGACUUGCGAUACUUCGAAGCGUCGUUAAGAUAGUGUACACAGUAUUUCAGCCGAUAAAAAGGGGAAAAACUUGCAGGAAAUCUCUCCACUUUCGCUUGUCUUCUGCGACAUGUUGUGGAUUGAUCACGGAAGAAAAUAUUUUCCCGCCGGUGGUUCAAUUCUGCUGUUAUCUUUUGUCUCUUUGUGGUAUUUAACAACGGCUUCAUCUCAAGGCUAUUGCGACAAAGAUGGAUGUGAUGAGAUCGGGCAAAAAGGUAUUCCUUUACAGUUUAUUUUAACAAGAUUUUUAAUAAAGUAAGGUCAACGACUUCAAGACUUCUUUCAAGUUUUCUGGCUGUUCUGCAAACGAUCGAUGCUCUAAAUGAAUUUUCCGCCGGUUCACUAAUAGACAUUUAGAACUGUGUUUUAUAUGAAAACGAGAACACCUUUCUAAGCAACGCGUACGCUGAAUACACUUAGUUGUUAAUAGACCUGCCACGAACACAUCCAAAAUGUUUGUAUUUGAACAAAAAAUACUUUUGCCGAUUUCAGUGGCACUUUUGUACCUACAUUAAAAUAAAGCCGCAAUUGGAGAAACGUUUGUUUAAGAGGUAAUGUUUGAGCCGUAGUAUUUUUUGACAUACGUAUAAUUUUCUGAUUGGUUUGUUUAUCGCGGGGUAACCACAUGGCCACGUAAUUUAUACCCAGAGCCUCAGUCGCUACUCACCUGUGCUCACCUUACAGGCUUUGGACAAAAGCGGCUUCUGCUGAUAUUUGAUCGGCUAGAAGAGCAAAAACAACAAUUGAAAACAAAAGGAAAAUAAUUCAUUUAAAAUUAAACUUUGAGGUUCCUAGUUUUUAAUAUUGUACACAACAUGAAAUCCUUGUUCAGAACAACAGGUGCAUUGGAUAUCAGAAGGGGGUUUCAGUAGCAUGAGUAGAUAUUUGAACAUAUUAAUUUUUUCCAGAUAACAUAAUGAAGUCGCAGGGGUGAGAGAAUAAAGCUCUUAAAAUGUUCAGAUUCAACAUCUACUUCUCCAUCAGUUUUACUAAAGAAUACAAGAUGAUUAGGAAGGAGAAUCUAACAGUUGAUCAGAAGUCAUAAAGCAAUUUUUUUUCCCACCCUUUCAAUUCCUUUCUCAUAAGAGAAGUCACAUGUGUUUCACAUCUGGGAUGGAAAGAAUUAGUCUUUUUUCUUUUCCAGGCCACUUGAAACCUUUUGGUGAGCACAGACAAGCAGAAGGUGAAGUUUCAAGUCUGCAGUAUGCGCCUGGUAGUGCUGACUUUUAUCACAACUACAUUCACAAAAGGAGGCCAGUGGUCAUCAGAAAUGGAGCUAACCACUGGCCUGCAGUCCAGCUAUGGCAAAAUGAAUCGUACUUGACCUCAAAUUAUGGAUCUGAAAUUUUCACUGUAGAAUAUCGCAAGAAAUUCAAAAAUGAAUUUCCAGUCAGAAAACCACUGGCUUUUAGAGAAUUCUUGAAUAUUUAUAGACAGGAAAACGUGUACCUGGAUUCUGCAUUUCCACAGAACAGUGCCAUGUUGAAAGACAUUUUUCUUCCAUCAAUUUUAAACUGCCAUGAGAUAUGGUCAACCAUAGACAACCUGAAUUUAUUAUUUAACGGUGGGGAAGCAAAUUCUGCUUUUCAUCAUGAUGGAUUAGAGAACAUUAUUACAGUUGUAUCAGGUUCAAAGAAGGUAUAUCUGGUCAACAGCACAUAUGCAAAGGAACUUCAUGCUGAUCAGUUUACCAUUGCUCCAGGAGUCCUUUCCAUUGAUCCAGAAAAGUUAGAUUUGGAGAUGUAUCCCAAACUAGCAGAUGUACCUUACUAUGAAGUAACUUUGAAUAGAGGUAAGUAGCCUUGUUCAUUUUUUAAAAUUAUUUUCUAUAACCAGUAAUUUUUAUCUCUUUCACUCCCAUGAUCUCAUUAGUAACUCUAGUUACUGUUUAUUGUAUAUAAUUAUCUUAUAAUGUUAGUUCUGAGAAGUUGGUAUUGGAUCUACUAGAAUAAUCCCUGAACCAAUAUUUUUCUUUGUUCUCAUCACUUUUCUGUUGAUAUAUUGUAUUAAUAGUGUAGAGAGAAAUUCUGUCUUGGUCAGUUACCUGGGUUAGGAAUAUAUCUUCAAAGUAAUUGUUGCCACUGGUGUCGCAAAAUUUCACAUUCUCUGAUAGGUGACAUGUUGUAUAUCCCUCAAUACUGGUGGCACAUAGUGAGAUCAUAUGACUCCCCUAACAUCGGCAUCAAUGUCUGGUUUGCAAUGUUCAACUUUGAAGAGCAGUUUAGAAAAGAAGGGAUUUCUGAAGACACUGAUGUUACAAAGGUACUCUCCCUAAUCUUUGAUACCAGAUUGUUAUACUUUUUAAACAAAGAUUGUAAUACAGUAUUUAACAUAUCCCAGUGGCUGGUGUCAGAAAUGUGAUUGGUCAGUUUAGCAUUUAUGAAGUGGAGUAUAGCCUUCCAGAAUUUGAAGCUGUCAGUUUUUUCCAAAUGUUUUGCUUUAUAUGGCUAAUUGUAAUUAACUUUUGUUAGCAAGUGGAAGUUUUUAAAAAACUUUUGUCUUCUGUAGAUUUUGUUUAAAAAGGUGCUAGUGACUGACCAAUGCUAAAUUGACUUCCUUUGCUUGUAGCUUUCAUCUUUCAUUUGAAGCUGUGCUGCAAGGUUAGAAAUUAAAUCCCAAAUUCAUGACUAGAUGCACAGUAAAGAUAUGAUAAAUAUUUCACAGAGCAUGUCUGCUUAGUCUGGACUCCAAGUUAAGAAUCCCUUUUCCCCUUUGAAUUUUUGGCUUGUAAACUUCACAUUCAAAGUGUUUUGUCCAUCUUUGUAACAAUAUGUCCUUGUCAGGGUUCAAGCCCAAACUCAGACAGCUAAAACUAUUGUCCAUUCUGCCAAUUAAUUCUUUUUUCUUCUUGUAUUUUGUAGGUAACAGAGCUGUUUGAUAAGUUAGUUGGUUAUGAGCCUGACAGGAUUCAGUGCCCAGAAGAGAAACUUGCCUUGAAUGACAUUCUCAAAAUCAACACUAGUGACCCAAGUAGUGGACCCCUAAGGAUUCCAAAACAGAACGAGAGACCACCAGAUGUUGUCCUUGCAAGUGGAUAUACAAGUGAGUGAUGACCAAUAAUAAGCAUGAUACUGAUUGUGUUAUUUGCUGUAACCAUUUGAUGUUAGAACAAUUUUCAACUGAGCAUGAAAAAUAAUCCAGGAUUGCAAUUUGGUUUAAUGCUUUACCUCACUCUGAGGUUGGUCCAGAAAACUUGUGCCACUUUCUCAAGCAAUUAAAUGCAAGACUACUGUAAAAAAUUCUGUUUUAUGCUUUCUUAAGUACAGAUAGAAUGAUAUGAGAGAGAGGGUUUUGGAAAUGGGUCUAGGUGAAAAUGUUCUUGAAGUUAAAUUUUCAGGCUUUGUUCGUUGGGAGGUUAGAUAACUCUGUCCAAUGGACAGCUCAGUAUCCAGGGGAUAGAGCAGUAUAUUUUUCUAUCUCUUAUUCACUUUUACAGUGUUUGCAUCUCCCUCCUUAUCCCUUUCUUCUAAACUUACCCCUUCAUCCCUUCCAUCUUUCUAUUCUUACCUCUCCUCUUCUCCCCCCCCCCCCCAUGUCCUUUUUUUUUUUACCUCCAAUACUAUAAUCAUCUUGUUAGGUCCAAAGUUAACUUGAGAUUAAGAUUUUCCUAAAAUAUUGUUGGCACUUUGUUCUUUUCUUUUACAAAAAUAUGCCUCUUUCUUGUUUGUUGUUCCAGUGUCAGUUUUGAACUGUUCCAUGAAUCUCUUAAAGCAAAUAAAAAAUAUACUCGCCUGCCAGCCAACAAGAUUUUAGUUUCUGGUCAUUAAAUGGUAACUUUGAAAACACUUUGAGCUUGAGCUGGAAGUCCUGUUGGUUCUAAUGUAAAUCUAGGACUAUGAUUUAAGUUUGACUUUGUUUAAGUUACUGACUAAAGGCUACCCUGAGAGUUUUAGACCAUUUAACCUUAAGAGUGAGUAGUAUCUAAUUUCUCUCAGGAGUAUCACCCCUGAAUCAAACAUGAAAGUCAUGCAAAUAAAGGAAGUGAUUACCAUUUAGAGAAUUCUCAAUUGUUAAACAAAUUCUCCUUGUCAGCUCCCUAGGGAAUGUAUAGAGAACAGUGUGGAGAAUAUGCAUACUGAUGUCAGGGUGUAAAGGGUUUGAAUAUCAGUAGUGACGUGCUAUCAUGCUUUAGUCAUUGUUAUAUUGAACAUUCUUUAUGUUUGCACCUCCACAGUGCCAGUCAUGGGGUUUGGUACAGCAACACUGAUGGAAAACACAACAGAAGCUGUAAAGACAGCUCUUGAAGUUGGUUACAGGUAAACAAACUUGCCAUUAGUGUUAGAAACUUUAAAUUUUAAGAAACAGUUUAAAUCUUAUGGCACACAAGGUUGAGAUGUUGGGUGUUUUUUGGUUUUUUGAUCAAAAAAUCUUUCCAACUUAAAACUGAGCUCUUGUUUUGAGAAAUGCAGAACUAAGCCAAUUUAAAUAUUAGCCUUUUGCUAGUACUGGGUAUUUAACCCUUCACACCCUAAUACCAGUGUACAUAUUCUCAAAACUGUCCUCUAUACAUUUCCUAAGAUACACAGAAGGAGAAUUUGUUUAAUGAUCAAGAGCUACUUUAGUUGGUGAUCAUUUCCUCUAUUUUCAUAACAUUAAUGUGUGAGUCAGAGGUGAUUUUGUGGGGAGAAAUUAGAUGUCAAUCAAGGGAUCUGAACUUAUUCUCUGUUUGGGUUUAUUUUGUUUUUGGUAUGCUUUGGUGGAGUUGUUUAAUCCCAUUCACGGUGAGCUCUUAUGAUUUAGACCAGCUGACUCUCAAGCAGACUUGACUUUCUCAAAUAACAUCCUCCAAUUUCUUUAUCUCUAAAUAGGUUGAUUGACACUGCACAAGGCUAUCCUGACUCAGAGCCACAAGUUGCAAAAGCAAUUUCAGAGAGUGGAAUCCCUCGAGCAGAAAUCUUCAUUAUGACCAAACUACACCCCAGAUUUCUUGGCUAUGAGACAACAUUAGAAGCCAUUGAGAUGUCUCUGAAAUCUUUGAAAACGGACUACAUUGAUCUGUUUCUUAUACAUUCUCAGGCCUGCGACGACUUUCUCCUCAUCUGCGGAGAAGGCAAGUUUUCUCAUAAUUAUAAUUAUUCCCAUAUUGUACUAUUUAGUCCCACUCCAACUCACCCCUUUCUUGGACAUCCAUUCCCUCAUCCCUGACCUCUUCCCCUUGACAUUUCACUCUUUAUCUCUCACUACUGACCCCCCUACCGCUAUCUCUCACAUUUCUGCCCUUACCUUUUGCUCCUUGUCACUAACCUCUGACCCUUGACAUUUGACUCUUCACCCUCACUGUCCCCUCGCCCUUAUUUCUUAAAUCUCUGCCCUAACAUUUCCGUACUCACUUGAUUCAUGGUCCUUGAGAAGCUGGGUGGGCAUGGUUUAAGUAUUUGUACUGUAAACUCUGAUCUUUUGUUUGAUUUCCAUAAAAAAAAUAGUUCUAGUGGAUCACUUGAGCAAGAAAUUAAUAGGUUGAUGCUUUUAGGAGAACCUAAAGGCACGUGGCAAGAGAGCUGGAAAGCCAUGGAGGAAAUGCAGAAGAAGGGAAAGAUACGCAGCUUAGGUGUCAGCAAUUUUUACAUACAAGACCUGGAAGAACUAGUAAAACUUGCUACAGUACCAGUAUCAACAGUCCAGAACUGGUUUGACCCGUUUCAUCAGGACAGGCAAGUUCGAAAGUUUUGUCAAGAGCAUAACAUCCGGUACAUUGGGUAUUCAACUCUCGGUAAGGUUUUGUUGAAUAAGAUCUUUGAAUUAUUAGUUACUUUUACUUCUGCUGACUUUAACGUGUUUGUACUUGAUAUGUUUAUUUAUGAUGCUCAAUGUCUGGCAUUUGUAAUCUCCUCCAAUCCUCACCGUCCUUGGACAAGCUUUUUCGUUAUUAGUUUUUGUUGCCUCCCUUGAGCUGAAGGAAAUUUUUGCACCUCACGAGGAAAUGACUCAAAUUUAGUGAGGCGAACUGAAAAGGUUUUCACGAAAGAUGAGGUUUAAAUCAAGUUUUUUUUCCAUGGACUAAGGUUAGUUGAACGAACCCGAGUCAGUGAUUUUUCAUCUAUGAUCCUUUUUUUACAUAGUGAUCUCUUUCCUUUAGGCACCCAAUGGGUUUACUUCCACGGUUUGCAGAAAAACCCUGUCCUUCAUUCAUCGCUGAUUUUAGAGGUUGCCAGCCAUUAUGAGUUUGUUGCAUCUCAAGUCGUUCUUCGCUGGGCCAUCCACAUGAACGUCACAGUCAUUCCGCGGUCAAAAAACCCUCGCAACAUUUACUUGAAUUUCCGGGCCUUGGACUUCUCCUUGAACGAAAAUGAAAUCGUGUAUUUCACCAACAUCACUGAUUAUGAGUACCAUCCUCUGGAACAGAAACUAGACAAAGGAUUAGGUUAGUAUGAUAGAAAGACAAAAAAAAAGUCCGAUAGAACUUCUGAAUUGUAGACUUCGUCCUUGAUGGAGAUAUUCUGCGAGGAAAUCAGUGCUAAAGGCGGGAAAAUUGUAAUCAAUGACAAGUGCGGGAAAACUUUUAACCAAUGACAAGCGCGGGAAUUCUUUUUACUUGUGUCGAGCGCAGCAAAACAUGAGACUAGUGUCAAGCGGGGGAAAACUUAUAACCAAUGACAAGCGCGGAUUACAUUUGACAGACGCGGGAAAAAGUGAAAUUAGGCAAAAGCGCGGGUAGUGCUUAUUUAGGGAAAUGCGUCAUGAGUGAUCAGCGCGGGAAACUUGCUCUCAGUGAAAAGCGCCGAAUAAUGUGUAACCAAUGAAAUUUCCGGGAAAACGCGUGAUCAACGAAAAAAGAGGGAAAAACAUUUAUCUAGUAUCCCCGAAAAAUAUUUUGAAAAAUGAGAGGGAAAAGCCCGGAAAAAUCCAACAAACAAGAGGAUUACUUUCCCACUCAGUGCAGACGGUGAUUUUUUUCCUUGCAAUUUAUUUUUCGGAAUAUGUGGACGAUCUGAUAAAUUUCUUUUUAAAAAGUUUCAAAAAUCCUCGUAACAGACUUCAUAAACCCUUCGCAGGUUGCUCAGAUAAGCAUUCAAACUGUGAACAGUGGGCAACUUCAGGGGAAUGCAGAACCAAUCCGGACUGGAUGCUGGUUAACUGUCAAGAAAGCUGCGGGCUUUGUUGUGAGUUUAACAUAACCAAAAUUAGAUGUAUCUUCUUAAAUAUGGCUAUGUUGACUAAAACCUCUCCUUGUAGCCUACAUUUUAUAAUGUUCUUCUUAGGGUUGGGGUACAGUGUCUUUACCAUCGUUAUAAUUCAGCUGUUAUAACUCACAUGACGUAGCUUUAUGGCAGGUCGUGGAUAAACUACUUAGUGAUAUUUUACCUUUAAAUUUUCCCUAGAGAUUAAGAAUCAAGUGGGCGUAAAUUGAUUUAAAGUUUUUUUGAUUUCUUAUCGUCGAACUGCCAAGGGCGAAGAUGAAAUGAGGGCUCAAUUGACAGUUAACUCGAGAAACCGAGCGUUUUUGCUAUUUAAACAUGUGAUGGGCCUGCAAACCACCAUUUCCACUGAAUAUAAUCAUCUCAUAUUCAUAAUUAAUUUCGCAUGGUUUAUUUUUUAUCUUCCUCUUUUUAUUAGAUGACGAGGACCUCGGUGAUGCCUCAGCGAUACCACCGAUGGUGUUUAUUGGUUCUGAAGACCACUUCAUGUAUGCACUCGGCGCAGCUAGCGGAACUGUCAUCUGGAAAUUCCGAACUCUUGGCAAGAUCAUGUCGUCUGCAUCGCUCAGCCAGGACGAGGAGAUCGUUUACUUCGGCUCCGUGGAUGGUAAGGUGUACGCACUUGGUGCAGCCAAUGGUUCAGUCGUUUGGACUCUAGUAACACAAGGUGCUGUUGUGGCCAGCCCAACUGUAAGUGUGAAUGGAACUGUCUUCAUCGGUUCACAGGAUAAGGUUGUUUAUGCUUUAGAUGGUAGAAAUGGAUCUGUUGUUUGGAAGACAGAUCUUGGCUGCCCAAUUUGGGGUGCUGUCGCUGUGGACAACCAAAGAGGACUGCUAUUCGUCGGCUGCACCACGGAUAAGUCGAACGCAACGGAUUCUCAAGACACACCUCAUAUCUUCGCCCUCGAUGCCAACUUGGGAAAAAUCGUGUGGACUUUUGACAGUGCUGGAAGCGUUUAUGGCUCUCCAACACUUCUACCUGGUGGCCAAACCGUAUUCUUUGCUUCCCUAGACCAUAAUAUCUACGCUUUAGACCGCGAAACUGGUAAACUGUAUUGGUCGUAUGACACGGGGUCCGAAAUAGAGUCCUCUCCAGUGGUCAGUAGGUUGGACGGUACCCUAUACGUUGGCUUGAUUAAGGGUCAACUGAUUGCUGUUAACUCCGUAAGCGGUCCUUUGGCGGGAAAAUUGAAGUGGACAGUGAAUACUGGCGGGGAGGUUGUGUCAUCGCCUGUUAUCACUGAGGACGGAAGGGUGAGUGAAGUUUGUCACUGCCUACCAACUCUUUCAAUUAGAUUGGAUCAAAGUUCAUAUAACAAGGCUUUCUAAAGUGCGGGAAAACGCUAGGGACCAACUAACGACUAGCUAGAGCUUUGUAUGUGAUUGGUUUAACAGGUAGCGAGAUUUUUUUUUGAAUCAAUCACUACGCAUGGAGAUGUCAAAUGAUUACAGUCCAGAUCGCGUAAGAAACCUAAUUUAAAACUGCCUCCAACACCGAUUUCCUUCCCUACUUUUCUAGUUAACAGACCUGUAGAAUUAGCGAGAUACAAUUCGAAAUGACAUGUAGAGCCUCGUUGUUCUAAUCUGUGCAAUUCUGUCAUCUAAAACCACAGGUUUUUGUAGGAUCUGGCGAUGGGCGCAUCUUGGCACUCAACCAAACUGACGGUUCACAUAUAUGGUCUCCAACAACAGGUGACUACAUCGUGGCGUCGGUGGCUGUUUCACGCGAUAACGCCGUAUACGCCGCUAGCUCGGAUAAAUUUGUUUACGCUCUACACGGUGAUGAUGGCUCUGUCAUUUGGAAGUUUGAAACUGGCGCUGCUGUUGUUGCGACUCCAGCUCUUUUUCCAGAACAAGUUAUGCCGAUUGGAUAAACUAAAUGAAACAUGAAUCUGUUAAUUUAAUAGAUAGAACUUUAAAUCAGUUUUUUGAAGGCAGAAAACUAAAGCUUUAGUUAACAAGUGAGUGGCCAGAGUACGAGAAAGAAGCUCAGCAACAAUAAAAAUUCGUAAAAAGGUACACGUGAUCGUCGCUAAACGCGGGAAAUCAAACGCGUGCGACCAAGUUGUGAGUUGCUCAUUUGUUUUUU